AUGCCACAUCCGGUGCACGAUUCACAUAGGUUAUCAGUAAAAACGUGGGCAGAGGAGGAGAGCGACCAUGCUGACAGCCCACUUAGCAGAGGGCAGUCGAUGUGUGAUGAGACGUCCUCAGAAUUACAGCGAAUGGCCGCCAUUGACCGGAGAGAUGUCAACUCAUCAAAUUCCUUCCGUGGCCGAGGGGCUCUAUCCAGGAUUGUGAAUAUGGUGAUGACUUUGAGGGAAUGGGCCCAGAAGAGUGUGACCGAGGAGGCAGAGCGGCCUGAUUCCUUUUUGGAGCGUUUCCGGGGCCCCGCCCACUUGGACAUACAUGCCCCGCCCAGUGGUUUUAGUCACAGCCACAAUGGCUCUGAUAUUGAUAGUGAAAUGAGACGCACAAAAAGAAGGAGGAACUGUAACAAUGUCAUAUUGUCGCCGUCAGAUGAUGUGUAUUACCACUGGCUGAUGGUGAUUGGUCCUGCUGUUUUUUAUAACUGGACCCUAUUAGUUGUCAGGGCGUGUUUUGAUGAGCUGCAGAUGAGGAAUGUUUUGGUGUGGCUGGUCAUGGACUACAUUUGUGAUGGGGUCUACAUUUUGGAUAUAGCCGUUCGUCUUCAUACAGGUUUCUUGGAGCAAGGACUGAUGGUAAAAGAUAGCCGGCGUUUGAGGGAAACUUAUAUACGAACCUUGCAGUGUAAACUGGACAUCUGCUCCAUCCUACCAACCGAUCUGUUAUAUUUGACUUAUGGAGUCAGUCACACUCCCCUUCUUCGAUUUAAUCGUCUGCUGCGCCUGCCACGGCUGUUUGAGUUCUUUGAACGUACAGAAACAAGAACAGGUUACCCAAAUACUUUCCGGAUCUGUAAACUCAUCGUGUACAUCCUGGUGAUCAUCCACUGGAAUGCCUGCGGUUAUUACAGUUUCUCCAAAGUUCUCGGACUGGGCUCAGACAACUGGGUUUAUCCUAAUUCUUCUGAUCCAGAGUUUGCCUCCCUGACCAGAAGUUAUAUAUACUGCCUGUACUGGUCCACUUUGACGCUGACUACUAUUGGAGAGACUCCACCUCCCGUGAGAGAUGAGGAGUACCUUUUCCUCAUAUUUGAUUUUCUGGUAGGCGUUCUAAUUUUUGCCUCCAUUGUGGGGAAUGUUGGAGCCAUGAUUUCAAAUAUGAAUGCUACAAGAGCAGGCUUUCAGGCACGUGUAGAUUCUCUGAAGCAUUACAUGCACUUCAGGCAUGUCAACAAGGUGCUGGAACAGCGUGUCAUUCGGUGGUUUGACUACCUCUGGACCAACAAGAAGACUAUUGAUGAACAGGAAGUGCUCAAGAGCUUACCCAGUAAACUGAGAGCAGAGAUCGCAAUCAAUGUUCAUUUGGACACACUGAAGAAGGUGCGUAUUUUCCAGGAUUGUGAGGCAGGCCUCUUGGUAGAGUUGGUGCUCAAACUUCAACCACAGGUUUUCAGUCCAGGGGACUACAUCUGUAGAAAGGGAGAUGUGGGUAAGGAGAUGUAUAUAAUUAAAGAUGGGCGCCUUGCUGUGGUGGGGGAGGAUGGAGCCACCCAGUUAGCUGUCCUCACAGCGGGCAGCUGCUUUGGAGAAAUCAGCAUCCUGAAUAUCAGCGGCAGCAAGAUGGGGAACCGACGUACAGCUAAUAUCCGCAGUCUGGGAUACUCUGAUCUCUUUUGCCUUUCCAAACAAGACCUGAUGGAUGCCUUGCACGAGUUCCCUCAUGCCAGGACCCAACUGGAACAGAGGGGUCGGGAUAUCCUGCAGAAGGAGGGCCUCCUGGAAGAAGUCAGUGUGUCUGCCAGGGAGCAGCUGGAGGAGAAAGUGGAGCGGUUGGAAACUGGUGUGGAUCGACUGCAGACAAGUCUGGCACGUCUGCUGAGUGAGUUCAACUCUGCUCAGCUCCGAAUGAAGCAGCGAAUGACAGCCAUCGAGCACAGCAUCACCAUGGUAACCACAGGCAGUGGUUUUCUGUCCGAUACAGACUGCAACGACAGCACUUCCUGCGGCAAUAGAAUGCGGAGCCAAAUAAAUAUUCAUCUCUAA